CAUCCCUUACUUUCCCAAAUCUCAUUACGAUCCUCCGCGCUGCUCAGGUUGUGAUAGCGGUGUCCAACAGGCAGAGAUGUCGGAUGUGGGAUUCGUGAGGGUGGUUGUGUUGUGCGCUCUGGUUGCGCAAAACUGUCGUGCGGAGCUCACGACUCCCGUGCAGGACCCGAAACUCGUGCCCGAAUCCUCCUUGCUUAAGCCUAAAGUCCUGAUCGCGAUUCUGGCUCGGAAUGCGGCGCACAGCCUGCCAUACUACCUGGGCUGCAUCGACAGACUGGACUACCCGAAGGAUCGGAUUGCGAUAUGGGCUGCAACAGACCACAAUGUGGAUAACACCACUGCCAUGCUGAGAGAAUGGUUGAAGAACAGGCAGAGCAGAUAUCAUUAUGUGGAGUGGAGGCCCAUGGAGGAACCAAGCUCAUACACAGAUGAAUGGGGGCCGAAGCACUGGGCCCCGUCUCGUUUCAAUCAUCUGAUGAAGCUCAGACAGGCAGCACUGAAGGCUGCACGAGAACGCUGGGCUGAUUAUAUACUGUCUGUUGACAGUGAUAACCUACUAACAAACCCACGGGUGUUGGAUCUAUUGAUGGCAGAGAAUUUGACAUUGGUGGCACCCAUGUUGGAUUCCCGAUCCCUCUACUCAAACUUCUGGUGUGGUAUCACUCCUCAGGGUUAUUAUAAGCGUACCCCAGACUACCAGCCUAUCCGUGAGUGGAAGCUCUUAGGCUGUUUUUCGGUGCCCAUGGUGCAUUCCACAUUCCUUCUGGAUCUGAGACGUAGUGGCACACGAGACCUGGCCUUCUACCCACCUCAUCCUGACUACAGCUGGGCGUUUGACGAUAUCAUGGUCUUUGCGUUCUCGGCUCGACAAGCAGGUGUACAGAUGUACGUGUGUAACAGAGAGCAUUACGGUUUCCUGCCUGUACCUCUGAAAGCCCAGCAAAGUGUGGACGAUGAGAAGGAGAGCUUCACACACACUAUCACUGAAGCCUUUAUCGAUCAUAAUGUAAAACCCUCAGAAUUCCUCUUCGCUCCACCUAAACCCCAGGACAAGAUGGGCUUUGAUGAGAUCUUUCUGAUUAACCUGAAGCGGAGGUUAGACCGGAGGGAGCGGAUGUUGAACACCCUGGCAGUGCUGGGACUUGAGGCCUCUGUGUUUUAUGCUGUAGAUGGGAAGGCUCUGAACACAUCUCAGCUACAAGCUCUACAUAUAGAGAUGUUACCGGGGUAUAAGGAUCCAUACUCCGGGAGGGUGCUGACGCGCGGAGAGAUCGGCUGUUUCCUCAGCCACCACUUCAUCUGGAAACAGGUGGUGGAGAGGGGUCUACAGCGUGUGCUGGUGUUGGAGGAUGACGUGAGGUUUGAGCCUCGGUUUAAGGGGAGGUUGCAGACCAUCAUGAAGGAUGUUGAAAAAGCUAAGCUUGACUGGGACCUCGUAUAUGUGGGUCGUAAGCGAAUGCAGGUGGCCAAGCCAGAGGUGUCUGUAGAGGGUGUGAAUAACCUGGUAGAAGCUGAUUACUCAUACUGGACUCUAGGUUAUGCUCUUUCACAGCAGGGGGCCAAGAAACUCCUGGCUGCUCAGCCGCUUGGCAAGAUGCUCCCUGUGGAUGAGUUCCUGCCAGUCAUGUUCAACAAACACCCAAAUACGGCAUACAUGUCUCACUUUGAUCCCAGGAAUCUACGUGCUUUCUCUGUUGAGCCAAUGCUGUUGUACCCAACACACUAUACGGGUGAGCCGGGUUACUUCAGCGACACUGAGACAUCUACUAUUUGGGAUGAUGAAGCAGUCAGCACGGACUGGGACAGAAAGUAUGCCCAAAAAACUGCCCAGCAGGGACAAAUACGCCCUGUUGCCCAGAACAGUGUCACUGGAGACACACCGCCACCUGCGUCCCGAGCCUUGCGAGAUGAACUCUAAUAGGCGAAAUCACACACCCAGAAACACACAAUUUUAAACUACACAAUUGACUGACUCAUAGACAGCUCCCUCCUCAAUGUUCACCAGUCUCCGCCUCUUUGGUGACACAUCAGCCAAUAGCAUGAGAGAUGGCUGGGAGGCUUUAACACCAUUGGCUGGUUGGCUGAUUUCGCACAGUCUGUGCACUAAGAGACACAAAACAUUCAAGCUCCUUUUAUUUCCAUUUUAUUUAUUUCAUCAUGCCUUCCACAGACAUUGAGAGACCAAACCGUUCCUGUUGGACAUUUAAAAGCCUUGAAGGAUGAGAACACCAUACAAUGACUGGACAGAGACAGACUCAUCGGACUUACAACAUUUGGGUUUACAAGAACAAUACUUAUGCAGAGGAAUUUUUAUUUAAAAUGUUUUAUUAUUUUAUAUAUAUAUAUAUAUAUAUAUAUAUAUAUAUAUAUAUGAACAGCUUUAUCAGGCACUGAUUCUUGAGAUAAGGGACCAAAAUGUCUUACUUACAAAAGUCAUCUUUAUUUAAAAAACCAAUAAAUUCAUAACAAUAAACAUACUGGAAAAGUUCACUCUAAAGGAAAUGUGUAUACUCAGGGCAUUAUUUACAUAUAUUUUAAAAUAAUUUCAUUAGAAUGUUUUAAAAUGCAUGCAUUCAUUUUUUCCAUAAACUGCCUAUCAACGUUGCAUCAAGUUGUGUCAACUCAGUCAGAUUUUAAAAAAAAAAUAAAAAAUUCCUGAAUAAAUCAGAAAAUGUCCUGGUCAGCUUUAACUCUUGAGUACCCCUUUCCCACUUUCUGCUUAUGGUGGAUGCAACAGUAGGACACGUGGUCUGGUACGUUUGAUAUUUUUCAUAUUUUAAACAAACAAUGUUUAAAUCUCAGCGGUCAGCUUAGCUUGUCCACUCUGUCAUUGUCUGUUAUUAUAAUUUCUGUUAAAAUUGUGGGAUCAAUUUUGGCAUUUUAGUUUAGUUUAUAGUGGCAUCUUCAAUGCCUCUAUAACAUUUUGUCAACUCAGUCAGAAUUUUCAGAAUAGUAUGAAAACAGAAAAAAAAAUAUUGAAUGUAUUUUAUCACUUAACUCCUUUACUGAACAAUAUUAUUAGAUAAUUAAAGACUUUACACUUGUUGGAUGAAUCAAAUUAAAAUAGCACACUUUUUGGUGUGUCCGAUAGAGUUGACACAAAUGACUGUAAGAUGCAAGUUAUGAAGUGAAUAAAUGGCAAUUUUUCGAAAAAGAAGUGUUUUUAUAAAAACCUGUUCCCUUACAUGGUUCAUUAGCUGAGACCUUUGGCUACAAAUAUAUCCAUUUCAAAUUAAGUUAGUAUUAAAAAAUAAAAACUCAGAUUUUAAACAUGUAUUGUCCCUUAUCUCAAGAAUCAGUGUAGGAUUUUAAAGUGUGUGUGAGCUAAGAUAUGCCUCUGUUAUUAUGAACAUCCAUUUUUUUCCCUAGCAGAGACAUCAAUAAUUACUUCCAGAAUAUUCCAGGAGACUUGUGUAUCUUUAAUGAGUGUUUGGUUCUACUGUGCUGUAUGUGAUCUGUCAUAAUUUCUUAUUAUGUUUUCCUACAGUAGAUUUCAUUAUGUUUUUGAGCUCUGGAGAUGUCAUGGUGCUGGUGGUGGGGCUGUUUUAAUAAAACUGAUGGUCUGUAAUAUAAUGCAUCUAAUGAUGUCAGAUGGGCAGGGUUGUUCAAUGCCAGUAUAGGCAAAAAAAAACUAGCCUCUUAUUUUUUAUCCUGCAACCCUGAUGUGCUUGAGUGGUUAACUGUCAUCUUGAAUAACAUUUUGUUCUCGUUAGCCUCUGGCUGUCUUUGUACUAAACUCCCUGAUUAAGAAUCAGAUUCAACCAGCCUGAAAUUCUUUGCUGGUCUGUCAGUCUGAUCAGGUUAGUUAUAGAUAUGGUUUGGUCACUUUUCAGAUUGUUAGGCUGGGAGACCAGAUGAGAGACUAACUUCUUAGGUUGGUUUAAGCUGUUUUUGUUUGUUUGUUAGUUCGUUUUUGUAGAUAUGUCUUUGAAACCUACACUAGUGCAGAAAGGAUAUGUGUACACAUUGGGUUAUGGCUAAAACGGACUGGAACUAAAUUUGGCACCCACAAAAAUGGCACACCAAAUAAUACAAAAUCAUUCACCAUAAGCUUGUGGUUUCAGAAUGUGCUGCUAAUUUUAUGUUGAUCACCAGCGAGUAAAUAUGAAAUAUUACAAAACAGCUCACAUGUUUGCCUGUGCUAAUCCUUAAAUGUCUGAAAUGAUGUGCCUUAAUUAAUUUUGGUGCAUUCAAGCAUUAGUUUUUACUGAGAAAUUGACAUCUCAUGGCACUCUUGCCAGAACAAAAAGAGCAGAAACUAUAUGGGGAAACAGCAUUACUUGUUCUUCUAGUUUACUGUGUGUGUGUGUGUGUGUGUGUGUGUGUGUGUGUGUGUGUGUGUGUGUGUGUGUGUGUGUGUGUGUGUGUGUGUGUGUGUGUGUGUGUGAGUGUGUGUUGUGUGGUGUGGGUAGGAAUUGGUCCCCACAAUGAUAUCAAAGUUUAUAUCUGACAGCUGGGUUAGGCUCCAGCACUACCCCUGACCCCAUCAUAGGAAGAGCAGCUAUAGAAAAUAGAUGGAUGGAUAUAUAUAUGACAUAAUAAUAAUAAUGUGAAGACGAAUAAAGAUGCAGUCAUUAGCAUUGGAGAUAUGAAAAGUGAUUCUUCAAAUUUUGCUUGUGUGUGUCUCCCUUUAUAUACCCUCUCUGUCUACAUUUUCAUUUAUGUAAAUGGUAGACACUUUUAUCCAAAGUGACUUACAGUGCACUUAAUACAGGGACAAUCCCACGGAGCAACCUGGAGUUACAUGCCUUGCUCAAGGACACAAUGGUGGUGGCUGUGGGGAUCGAACCAGCAACCUUCAAAUUAACAUUUAUGUGCUUUAGCCCACUACGCCACCACCACUCCUAUUGUCUGUCUUUUGCAAACAGACAAUAGCAAGGGCAUACAUAUGCAUGGACAAUACAUAUGCAUAACAAUGGAGGUCUUUGAUUUAUUAUUUAGGAGGUGGACUUUAUUUGAAUGCCAUCUGUUUACUAACUGAUGAAGAAUUGCAGGAUGGUUGUCACUCUGUGCAGUAAUAUUGAGAGUGACUGUCAUCUGCUGGAGUAUAGUGGCACUGCAGCUUGCAAGUUCCUUUAGUAAGAAACGGAGACAAUCAGCUUUACUUCAAUAUUCAGGUAGCAAUAUUUACAAAACUUCAAUUGUUUUUACUCUGAGCUAAUGAUAUUUCCAUAUUUUUGUUCUUAUAUACGGUUCUUUAAAUGUUUUGAUUAAAAAAUGACCUGUAAGGGCUUGAUAUUUUAAAUUACUUUCAAAGGGAGGAAUGGAGUGCUUUGAAUCAAUAUUUUGCAUUUAACUUAAUAUAUUAUAAUAACAUAUUUGUUAUCAACAUCUGCAAAUUAUGUUCAGUUCUGUUUAGCUAAUUGUAUUGGGUUUUCAGAGCCAAAAAGUGGACAGUGUUGGGUAAAUACCCUUUGAUGUCAUUCAGAUGAAAAAUGUCUGUCUGAAAAUAAGGUGUGACCGCCUGAAUCCAGAUGGCAUUUUUCAGCUCCUUCUUGUUGGGAACACCAGAAGAGUAAUCUCACUCUUGAGUUGUAGUCUGUUUAAAGGUGGGCAACUGAUUUUCAGUGGGGACACCUGACUAAAAACUGUACAGAGCCAGACAUUCAUGGCAAACAAGUCUGGGAGGAUGCCCCUUCACUUACUUGUAAAAUGUUACAUAUUUAGGUGUAAGUUUAGCCCAAGUUUAGCAUAUGAUUGAUGAUGGAUCAUUCAAUGUAUUAUCAUUGGAAAUAAAUUGAUACAAUUGCUAAUUUAGUAGUCAUAGCGAAAAAUAAAAUAAAAAAAAAUAUAUACAGUAUAUGAAAAAGAGAACAAUUUCCCCUUACUUGGGACAAGAAGCCCCCCAGGCUAAACUUGUCCCAGCUGUCAUCUGAUUUUAACAGAAUGUAUUAAAUACAACUGAUAUAAUUAUUCACAAUGUAAUUGUGUCAUGUAAUAUCUAACAUACUAAAUCAUAUAUUCUGUGUAGUUAUGUAUGUUCACAAUUUAGUUGAAUAAUUUAAUAACCAAAUACUGACAAACAAACGAGAUCAGAAAUCAAGAACAAGAUAUGCUGUAACAUGAUCUGACAAGACAUAACUUAUUAAGAGAGAACAAAACAGAACACUCUCAAAACCAAGUAAAUCUAACAAGCAAAAUGUAAAAAUGUUUAUGUAGAUGUUGUAAGAUGAAAGGCGAGAGUUUUAAACAUGCACGCACACUCAUUAAAAUGUAGGCUGUUUAUAAAAACACAUACAUUUAUAACUCAUAAGCAGCCAUUAUUCCUAUUACUCACCCCACUGUAUCAUCAUCAUCAUCAUCACUUGGCAAUCACUGCAAAAAUGUAUAAUAGGUUAAUUGAUUACAAUACUGUAAUGUUAUUACUUCUUUAAAAAAUAAAGUACCAA